GCCCCAGGACUCACUAGCUCGGCCCAUCUCAGCUCGGCUGGCAGGUCAUGAUCCAGCUGGGAACCACCUCUUUAGCUCGCCCUCCAACAAGAACCUCCUUACCUUCUCUUCCUCCUCCAGACCGCACACGGCUGGGGCCCGAGUUGCCGCCCACAUCUCAGCCUACGACGAGGCCAAGGGCAUCCCCCAGCAGAGCAAGGGGGAAGGCAAGGGGGAACACAUCCAGCUGCAUGGCUUCUUCUCUCCGCACAGCUCUCGCCCUACCUCGUCCUACAGGCAGUCGCAGGCGCCUACAGUCCGACAGCUUUCGGCUCGUCCUCGCACUGACCGCCCCUCCUCCGCCGUCUCCUCUCGGGCUGUUCAGCUCACCGAAGUCGAUCGCAUCAAGAGAGCCUUUGCCAAGACCAAGAUCUCCUGUCCUCUCAACGUCAUCGAGAAAGCUCUCGUUGUGCCUGAAGACAGGUCGUACGCCAAGUGUCUCGAGAUGCUUCCCAGGCCCGGUUGGAACCUUAUACCCGACCCGGUGCUGGCAGAGAAGAAGAAGGCGACUAAGGGGAAGAAAGGAGGGAAGACCAAGGGGAAGAAGGGGAAGAAGAAGAAGUGACGCGCAAGGAAGGGAAGGGAGGGAGGAAGACGAUGUAUGAUGGCGAUACUAUGCGAUUUGUUAUUGAGUUUCAAAUGUAACUUAACCUAC